AUGAAGGCGACAGAUAUCGCCGCCUUCGCGGGAAGCCAACUGUCGUUGCUCGACAAAGAGCUUCAAGCGGAGCUCGAAGAGACACAGCUAUUGACGUCUAAAAACGCACCCAUCACGCUACAACGCGCCGGGCUCGCGUUGCUCAACCUCGCGCUGUCGUCGCAGAGAACUGGCUUCGGAGGCAGGACGCUGCUCGAACUCAGUCUUGAUCCAGCAGUCUCGAGUUCCGGCGAGCUGCCUGAACAUGGCCUGCGCGUGGGUGACAUCUGCGCUGUGGCCGAACAGCCAAAAGGCGCAGAGCGUCGAAAAGAGCGAGAAGGCAUGGAGAAGCGAGGCGCUGAAGGCGUCGUCACUCGAACACACAAGUCUGCAAUCACAAUUGCACUUGACAAGGAAGACGUAGACGUGCCGACGGGCAAGUUGUGGCUUGUCAAACUGGCAAACGAUGUCACCCAUCGACGCCUCGCCCAGACUAUGCAGAGAUUGCAAAGGAUGCAGCCAUCGGAACACAGCACACUCACGCAGGUCCUCUUCGGCCAGACGUCCAUCUCGCCAGUAUCCCACUCCGAGCUCGAGAAGGAGGUGCAGUGGGUUGACGCUGCGCUGAACGACAGCCAGAAGGAUGCUAUUCGCUUCGCGCUCGCUGCACCCGAGGUCGCUCUUAUACAUGGUCCGCCGGGCACCGGGAAGACGCACACACUCAUAGAGCUAAUCCUGCAACUCUUGAAACGCAAACUACGCCUGUUGGUCUGUGGCCCGAGCAACAUCAGUGUGGACAACAUUGUUGAAAGACUUGGCCCCCACAAAGUGCCCAUGAUUCGCCUGGGCCAUCCGGCUCGGUUGCUUCCCGCCGUCAUGUCACACAGCAUGGAGGUUCUUUCGCGAACUAGCGAUGCUGCGGCCAUUGUCACAGAUAUUCGAUCCGAGAUGGACGCCAAACAGGCAUCGAUAAGGAAGACGCGCAAUGGUCGGGAAAGAAAAGCCAUCUACGGAGAGCUCAAAGAGCUGAGGAAGGAGUAUCGGCAGCGCGAAGGACGUGUCGUGAGCGAUCUCCUUCGCCGUAGCAACGUCGUUCUGUCUACCCUGCACGGUGCUGGCAGCUAUCAGCUGAAAGACCAAAAGUUUGAUGUGGUCAUUGUGGACGAGGCCAGUCAAGCGCUCGAGGCUCAAUGCUGGAUUCCAGUGGUACACAGCGGAACAUCGAAGCUCGUGCUAGCUGGUGACCAUCUGCAGCUUCCGCCCACCAUCAAAUCCCAGAACAUCAAAGCUGACAAAAAGCCGCUCAAGUCUGCGACUGCCGCAGAUGUUGCGAAGCUGACACUGAAUGACCGCAAGGCAACUCCAGGCGACUCGAAGCGGACCAAAGAAGAUCCAGUCAAUCUUGAAACAACGCUCUUCGACCGAUUGUUGUCUCUGCACGGUGAGAAGAUCAAGCGCAUGCUGACGACGCAAUACCGCAUGCAUGAGAAGAUCAUGCAAUACCCGUCGGAGGCGCUUUACGACAGCAAACUCCUGGCCGCAGAUGCAGUCAAGGCGAGACUGCUGAGAGACUUGCCUUACGAAGUUCAGUCUACGGAUGUCACGUCUGAACCUUUGGUGUUCUGGGACACGCAAGGCGGGGACUUCCCCGAGAAAAUCGAAGAUGACGAGGGCGGCAGCAAGGGCAAGUCCAGUCUGCUUGCAGAGAGUAAGGUCAAUGAGCUCGAGGCACUCAUUGUGCAGCGACAAGUCUCCAGCCUUGUCAAUGCAGGUGUCAAAGCAGAUGAUAUUGCAAUCGUGACCCCUUACAACGGCCAGCUAGCCUUGCUCUCCCAGAUGCUGAAAAAACGCUUCGCCGGCAUCGAAUUGGGCAGUGUCGAUGGCUUCCAAGGUCGCGAGAAGGAGGCCAUCAUUGUGAGUCUGGUUCGAAGCAACCCAGAGCACGAGGUCGGCUUUCUAGGCGAGAAGAGAAGGUUGAACGUCGCAAUGACGCGACCUAAGCGCCAUCUCUGUAUUGUUGGCGAUUCUGAGACUAUCAGCAAAGGAUCAAAGUUCUUGCAAGCUUGGAUGGCAUUCCUCGAAGAAAAUGCAGACUUGAGAUACCCAGACUUGUCUGAGCUGUCGCAAGGCGAUGAAUGA